GAGUGUGAUGAUUGUUAUAUUAGCAAGUAAUUAAAAUAAUUCAGUUGGGAAUGCAAUUUACGCGAGUGCCUUUUAAUAUCUUUACGAAUCAUUAAUUGUAAAUGAAAAUCAGGUAGAGGUAGGUUAAGCCCACACAUCUCUUUGAAAGGGAUGCUAUAUAAACGCCCAAGUGGUAAACACGUUAUCAAAAGUAAGCAGGAUACUAUCGGUGAGGACAGUGAAGAAACGGGAAUUUACAAUGGCUUCACAGAAGACGCUCCUUUUGCUCGUCGUUCUUGUCAGCGCUGCAUUUGCAGCACGUCAACGUCAGCUCGGUGCCUGGUACCCGGUUCCCAAUAAUGAUAAAACCGUUCUACGCAUAGCGAAAUUCGCCGCUGGACAGAUUUGCUCCAGUUACGUCGUAGAUGCUGUAGUACAAGCUGAAGAACAAGUUGUUGCUGGUACGAACUACCGCAUGGAUAUCCUAGUUUCCAAGACAUGGAAAUGCGAAGUAGAAGUGUUUGAGCAGAUCUGGACGAAAACGCAGAGGUUGACGUCGUUUGCAUGCAAAUCCGUGCUGUAAUUGGAUGACGUCGGAAUUUUUUCCUUGUAGUUCGUAUUACUAGAUAUCAAGUAUAUGCCUUUCCCUUUAUUUUUUUUCCAUUCACCGACAUGAUUCGUUAUAUAAAUGUUCAAUGUCCUAUUGUUUAUAUAUUUUUUGAUUGUUUAUAGCCAAACAAAAUAAUGUGGAUGUUAUAUUAAUUUGUUCACUGGUUUGUUUAUUUAAAUAUCUGAGGUCUUAAAUUUUACAUAAUUCGCUGAAUUGUUCUUUUACAUUACUAAUUUGUUACUGCAAUAAAAUGUUAAUGUCAUAGUCCUCAAUAAUUCAAGUGUUUUAUCUGAAGAAUUGUGAUCUGAUUAAUUUUUCAAUAAAUAUCCGCUUGAGUUUUUUAGUGUACGAUGUUUUGUAAGAUACAAACAUGUUUAAUGCCAGCAAUUAAAAAUAUAACUAAUCAUAUAUUUUUUUGAAAAAAAAAAUAUAUUAUUGUACAGAACAGAACAGAACUAUUUAAUCUAUAUGAACUAUAUUAUUGUAUUUGUAUGUUUACGUUUGUCAGUAAACAACUUAUGUUUCGUUCUUUUUCAUAAUUUAAUAAUUUAGGCAUCUGCAUCUUCUGAGUAGUAGCUAACCAGACUUUCACGAUUAACAUGUAUUCAGUGAUAACAUGUACAUUGUAUUGGGAAUAAUAAACUAUAUUUACCUCUAAGUUUA